AUGGAGUAUCUCGUGCAAUUGCAAGGGAGUGUGAAAACGUAUGUCUUCGAUGAAUUGCCAUUGGAGAGCAUAUCGAAGGUCGAGAAGGACUUUCGUUCAACAACCGUGUGUCCCUUCUGUCGCAAGAAACUGGAGGACGACAAGGUUAGACAUCACGCACAUGUGGCAGGUGUAUACACCACAGGGAAGGGAAAAAUAUGCAGCUUCAAAACUGGGCAGUACAUCUGUAUUUGUUGUACCAAGUGUAAUCUCCAACUCUCAUUCAACAAGAAGAACUAUCGUCUGCCAGUGUAUUUCCACAAUGGAUCGCACUACGAUGUCACAUUCAUCAUGAAGAUCAUCGCGACGAUGCCUGGCGGGAAUCUCGAAGUCAUUCCAACUACUGAGGACAAGGAAAUGCAGAUCGAGUACAAUGGCAUUCAAUUCAAGGACUCGUUGAAGCUCAUCAGCAGCCCCCUUCGAUCCAUCGUCGCGCAGACACUCGGAGGGAACCUCGAUUUGUACGUGUACACCAAACAACAACUAUGCAAGUACUGUGAGUCUCGAGGCAAGCAAUGGAGUGAUGAAUACAUCAAUCUGUUGACACGGAAAGAACCCAUGUUCUACAGCCUCAUCAAAUCAUACGAGUCAUUGAACAACACCGUCAUUCCUUCUCGUGAGCAAUGCAUUGAUGAUAUAAAGGGAGAGAUGAUGCCCCAAGACGAGUAUGAUCACAUGGUGAAGCUGUGGAAGACCUUCGAUAUCAAGACAUGGGGUGAGUACUACGAAUUGUACAAUGUACUCGAUGUGACUCUCAUGGCUGAUGCAUUCGAGCAUUUUCGCGUUACCACACUGAAUGCAUUCGGUGUUGAUCCAAUGCAUUACAUCACAGCACCGCAAAUGGCCUAUUCGCUCUUCUUGAAAGUCACAAUGGAGGGCGAUCAUAGUGAGAGUAGCCUCAUGACCCUCGCAAGGAAAUGGGCUCAGUACAUCAUGCGCAUCAACGCGAAUGAGGGACUCGCCGAGAAACAACUGGUGAAAUUGUUCUUGAAUCGCAUGGGUGAAUUCUAUGAGAGCAAGGGCAUUCGAUUGAUGGAGACAAAUGAUAUCGAUGACUUCAUGCGAUUGUUGAAGAACCUGCGAGGAGGCAUCACACAGAUCGUGAAACGGCAUGCCAAGGUUGACAUUGACAACAAGGAGCAAGCAACGUCGUCCCAAGGCAUCUACUACCUGGACGCCAACAACCUGUACGGUGGAGCCAUGCAUCGAAUGAUGCCUUACGAGUUGGUGGGUGUACCUGAGCGACGAGAAGUGAUGGAGAAGAUCAAUCGUGACCCGAAUGGGUGGGUGCAAUCACUCAAGACGUUCGGCAAGUAUGGAUUCUUUAUCGAGUGUGAUAUCGAGGCACCAGUGGAAUUCCACGACAAGUUCAAUGAUCUGCCAUUCUUCCCCGUACAGAAGGCAGGCAUGUACUCCGAUGGAAUCAAGAAGUACGCAGAGAAGAACGACAUUGUGGACAAAGUGAAAGAGGUGAAUACACCGAAGCUCAUCUGCGAUCUUGUACCUCGUCGCAAGUAUCUCGUACAUUACUCUCUGUUGCAACUGGGCAUUCAACAGGGAUAUCGUGUCACUCACAUUCACCACAUCAUUCGAUUCAAGCAGGCACCGUUCAUCUUCGAGUAUGUGAACAUGCUGAGUGAGAAACGAGCGAAGUCUAAGACCACCGUGGAGAAGAGCCUGUACAAGCUGUUGGCAAACUCGACCUAUGGCAAAUUCGUUGAGACUGGGUUGAAACGGAUGAAAGUGAAGUUCGCUAACACAUGGAAUGAACGUGAAGCCAUCAUUCAGAAGCAUGGGUACGAUAUGAUCGCCGGGACUACCAUGUAUUCCGAGAAUCUGAUCGGUAUUAAGUUGAAUACACCGGUUCGCAGGGUGGAGAAGCCAUUCUUCAUCGGGUUCGCCAUUCUGGACAUGCCCAAGCACAUCAUCUAUGAUUUCUACUGCAAUGUGCUCAAGACGACAUUCGAUAACGUGGAGCUGUUGGGACAGGACACGGAUUCACUCAUCGUGCAGUUGCACGAUCGCGCUAACAUCGUUCACAAGAUGUGUGACAUGUACAAAUCGUUCGACUUCUCGGAAUUGGACAACACGAGCUACUUCUAUGGUGAACUCGUGAAGUAUUACGAGCAUGAAGUGGACAAGAGCAAGUUCCCUUCAUUGGACUCGUUCCUCAUCUUCAACAAGAAGUUGCCUGGUCCCAUCUUCAAGGACGAGCACAACGGACAUCGUAUCACGGAGUUCGUUGGACUGAGACCGAAGAUGUACUGCUUGGUUGAUGAAAAGCAUGUGAUACACAACGCAGCAAAGGGAGUUCCUCGCAAUGUGGUGAUCGAUGGUGAGAGGAUGAGUGUGAAGAACAUCGAUUUGUACAAGCGUGUCCUCGAGGCAGAGAAGAAGGAGGAUGCAGUGAUCGAAGGCAGCUUCAAACGCAUCAACAACCAGGCCUUCGAUAUCAGCACGAAGGAGCAGACCAAGACCCUUAUGACGUGCACCGAUAGCAAGCGUUGGAUCUUGGACGACAACGUGCACACACUUGCGUUUGGACAUUACCGAUUGAAGUAAGGGAAACAAUUUUACACUUUGGGCAUCGAGACAGCUAGGCAUAUAAUGGUCUAAAAAGGAGGCCAGGUUAUAAUGGCAGAAAUUAGCCAUAAUGGCAACCGUCGGUUUCCGCGCGUUUCUUGUUAUGACCAACGAGGUAGAAAUGGUAGAAAUAGGCAGCCAGAUAGAGAAAAGGCGACUUUGGACGAAAAUAUAGUUCACCGCGGGAAAAGGGUCGAAAAUGGUUUCGCGCGAUAUUCGCGCCAUUCCUAUACUACUAUUAUGAUUUGGUAGGUUGAUACAAGCCUUUUCAAGAAAAAAGACAGUUUUGAAGAAAAUGGCAAAUGGAAUAUAGAAGUAAGAAGAUUCACAUUCGCUUUGGAUACCAGUAUCAUAGAAACAACACUAAGGGAUUGAAAAACAAAAGUUUACGAUUCAUAGGCAAUUGCUAUGUGAACUAAUGUAGGAAUUAUUUGAUUCAUCAUAUAAUAUAAGAAUAGAACAAGAGAUAGCACAUAGAGAAUUACUAUAACAAACAAGAAUCGUUGUUAUAUACUUGUUAGUCUAAAUGGUUUUAUAUAAUGAUAGGGUAAUAGUGGAAGUACCAUAGAAAACAAUAAUAGUACUAAAUAUAAUUAACUCACAGUUGGAAAUAGAGAUUGUAUUUUUCUAUAUUACAGGUAAGAAACAUAGCAACAAGUAUCGCACACUUAUACAGCCAGUACAAUAAGUAAGAAAUAGCAAUAACAACAGGGUGACAUAGUGAAUGAAUAUAUGGAUUGGACGAUUAGGAUUAAUAAGUGAAAUCUAUCCUAAUUAUUAUUGUUAAAUAGUAUUUUCCUAUAACAAGGUUUAAUAA